GUGGCUCCGCCCAGCGCUGCCAAAGCGGGAGCGGAUUUUACGACCAUCAGCGCGGUCGAGAUUCAACGCGGUUCGGCGCUGUAGAUAUUGAAAUCGGCGGUUCAUUGUUGUCCUGAGGCGCGACAGAAACAUUUUAUGUUCGAACCAGUCCAAUAAUUUCUACUUUUAAAGCAACGGCAAAUAUGAGUGCAAUUAACGUGAAGAAGCUGAAGGUGAACGAGCUGAAAGAUGAGCUUAAAAAGCGUCAGCUUUCGGAUAAGGGCUUGAAGGCCGAGCUUAUGGAACGGCUACAGGCCGCGCUCGAUGCCGAGGCCCAAGCCGGAGAUGCCGCGCUCGAUGCGGAAGAUGAAGAGGAGGAAAAUGGCGCCGAGGGGCAUGACGCUGAGCUCGAACAAGAAUAUAUGGGCGACGAACUGGAGGAGGAUGAAGAGCCUGCAGGCGAGAACAUGGAGGCCGAGGAUGCAAAUGGAGGAGGUGACGGUGCACCGGAGAGCGCACAAGGCGACUGUGAGGAGGACCUUGGGCAGGACGACGAAAUGGCCGACGAAGAGGAGGAAGAUGGAGACGCCGGGAUUGAGAUAGACAAAGCGUUCGAGGAUGACGACGACGAGAAACUCGACGAAGACGACGGUGAGCCAGAGUCGCAGCCGACUGAGGGAGAUGCGGACAAAGACCUCAGUGCUGAUCAGAAGAAUAAGAAGGGUGUUAAGAGACGCCGAGAGGAACAUGGAAGGGGCUACUUUGAAUUUAUUGAAGAAAGCAAAUACAGCCGGGCCAAAUCUCCCCUGCCACCUCUGGAGGAAGAGGAUGAGGAGUUUGAUGAUACUCUGGUGUGUCUGGACCCAUACAACUGUGACCUGCACUUCAAAGUGUCACGAGACCGCUACAGCGCAACUUCACUCACAAUGGAGAGCUUCGCCUACCUGUGGGCUGGUGGUCGAGCUUCUUAUGGUGUGAACAAAGGCAAAGCCUGCCUUGAAAUGAAGAUUAUUGAGAAGAUCCCUGUGAAGCAUGUGAAGAGUAAGAACAUGGAUGUCCAUGAUGUGCAGAUUGGCUGGUCCUUGGCUAAUGGCAGCUUGCUGCUCGGUGAGGAGGAGCAUUCUUAUUCCUUUGGGAUUAAGGGGAAGAAGACGACAAAUUGUGUGACUGAAGACUACGGCGAGGCUUUUGAUGAAAAUGAUGUCGUUGGCUGCUUUAUUAAUUUUGAUGGGGAUGAAGUUGAAAUUUCAUAUUCCAAGAACGGGAAGGAUCUUGGUGUGGCAUUUAAAGUCAGUAAGGAGGCUCUGGCUGGUCGUUCCCUCUUCCCCCAUGUUCUCUGUCACAACUGUGCUGUGGAAUUCAACUUUGGGCAGAAGGAGACACCAUAUUUUCCUCAGCCAGGAGACUUCACCUUCCUGCAGCAAAUUCCUGUGGAUGAACGUGCGCGUGGACCGAAAGGGCCCGAGACCAAGAAAGACUGUGAGGUCAUUGUCAUGGUUGGUCUCCCUGGAUCAGGGAAGACUACAUGGGUGAUGAAGCAUGUUGAAGAGAAUCCCGGAAAAUACACAAUACUGGGAACUAACACCAUUGUGGAAAAGAUGAUGAUUAACAGUUUGAAGCGACAGAACAAAGACACAGCAAAACUCACUGCCAUCUCCCAGAGUGCACCCCUCUUCCUUGGCAAGUUCAUCGAAAUCGCUGCUCGCAAGAAGAGGAACUACAUUUUGGAUCAGACAAAUGUUUCUGCUGCUGCCCAGAGGAGGAAGAUGUGCUUGUUUGCUGGCUUCCAGCGCAAAGCUGUUGUGGUCUUACCCACAGAUGAAGCCUACAAGGAGCGGACUCAGAAAAAAGCUGAAACUGACGGCAAGGAUGUCCCUGAGCAUGCUGUGCUAAAGAUGAAGGGCAUAUACACUUUGCCAGAAGUGGGUGACUGCUUCACAGAGGUCACCUAUGUGGAGCUGCAGAAGGAGGAGGCUUCCAAGCUCUUGGACCAAUAUAAAGAGGAGAGCAAGAGUGCGCUGCCUCCGGAGAAGAAGCCUAACCAAGGCACACCCAAGAAAGGUGGUGCUCGCAACCGAGGGGGCAAAGGCCAGUUCAACAGGGGAGGUGGUCCAGGUCCACGAGGGGGCAGAGGAGCUUUCCAGAACCGUGGCAACUUCAGAGGAAUGCCUGGUCCCCGUGGAGGCUUCGGUCGGCCGCCCCGAGGGGCUUUGCCACCACCUGCCUACAGAGGCGGCUUCCCGAGCCGUGGCAGCUUUGGCCGGGGACCCGGAGGACCCCCCAACAGAAACAUGGUGCCUAGAGGAGCUCCUGCCAGAGGUGGCAUGGGCAGCAUCUCAAACAGAGGUGGAGCUAUGAACCGUGGCAAGCCAAUGCACAGAGGAAACAUGAACCGUGGCGGUGGACACAGUGGUGGACCCAACAGGGGCAAUUUCAACCAGAAAUAUCGUGGGCGUGGAGGAAAUCAGCAGAAUCGUGGUGGAUUUGGCCACAGGAAUGGAAACUUUGGCAUGAAUAAAGCCCAAGCUUUCAAUCAGAGCUGGCAGCAGGGGUUCUGGAACCAGAAGCCAUGGAGUCAACAGUACCACCCAGGAUAUUACUAAGUGGGCUUUUGUAUUAAAGACUGGUGGCAUGUGGAGGACUCCCUCUUGUGUCCACAAAGCCCCAACAAUCUACUUUUACUGUCUUUUUAAAAAAAAAACAAAAAAAACAACUAAAACGUGUUUUAAGAUAAUUUACACGUGGACAUGCAUUCCACAUCCCAACAUCAGAUCCUCGAUAGAUGUCAGGGGCUCCCUUUUUCCAUACCUGUUUGUAAAAAAAAAAAAUUUCCAUCCCCUCUUCUUUAGACCUCAUGUUUUGAUAAUAUACCGAGAACCACAUUAUUCUGCAUGGGAUGCUUUUGAAUUUCAGACUUGUGGAUUUUAUUGUCAUUUUUACUAAAUGUAAAUUAUUUUGCAAAGUGUUUUUGUGAAAGGAUCAUGGCAUUUGAGAAUCAGAUCUUGUAGAUCUGAUUUUAAAGGCUAUUAAAGGCAGUUGUAGUGAUAUCACAGGAAAAAAAAAUCCUAUUCAUUGAUCAUCAGUCAUUUUACUUCUAACAUUGCUUUUCCUGUCAUUUUCUGUUUUCAGUUCAAUAUGUUAAACUCCAUAGGUUUACAAUAAAUGGGUUAUUUGCUUUUGUACAA